UGGUGUUUCUUCUGCUGUCACUAUUCUCUAUUGUAGUGUAGUAGAUACAGAAGGUGUGUUGAGUUUGUAUUAGUGUUUAAAGGUAGAUAUAGGUUGGUUGGAUGUGAAAGCUUACGUUGAGUACAGUCUAAUUUGUGAUAGUGUUCUUUAUAUUACUGUACAAAAUACAAGAUUGCUGUAGAACCUGUGUCUAUGUGUUUGUUUUAUUAGUAGCGUGAGUUGAAAGACACUUUAUUUUUCCAAUUACUCAAGAAACUAAUAUACAGUGGUGUGCUUCAUAGAUUGGCAGUUAUACUAGUCUGUAUCAUAAUGGAAGGAGCUCCUGCAAAAAUACAAGAAGAAAUUAACAACAUUCCAUUAGCAGAUGAUGACCCACAAGCAAUUAUUCAGGAAGAUGGAGAAACUGUUGAAAUGUCUCAAACAUCAGAUGCUUUGAUGCGGGGACGCAGUUUUGAUUCCAUACCGUCUACAUUUACUAAUGGAAGCAGUAGUCCUGGACCUCAUAGUCUGGAUCCAGAUAUAAGUCCAGAUGAAAUAGAAGAAAAGUCUCGCUUAAUUUCACAAGUUUUGGAACUUCAAAACACUCUAGAUGAUUUAUCUCAGAGAGUUGAUAGUGUUAAAGAAGAGAACAUGAAAUUGAAGUCUGAAAAUCAAGUGCUCGGCCAGUACAUAGAAAAUCUCAUGUCUGCCUCAAGUGUAUUCCAGUCAACUUCACCAAAGAACAAGAAGAAAUAAGCCACACAUUCUGUUAUAGUAUUGUUCCAUUCAGAUUCUGUAUUUGCCUUGAACCUAAAUAUUUUAAAACUUUAUUGCACAUGUUUAUUCAAUGUGGAAGACUUUUUGCAAUUGUAAUGAUAAGCAAAUUGUAUCAUUUUAACUGUGCCACUAUUAGAAUGUUAGGAAAUAUGAGAGAUGGGAAAUACUCAAAAUGGAUCACUUUUAUCAUUAUUGGAAAACUUA